AUGAACUACAAUCCAAAUGUUCAAGACGAUAAUGUUUGGGUGACAGCUUCAAGCUUUACUAUUUUUACUAUGACAGCAGGAUUCGGCUUAUUAGAAUCAGGACGGGUUUCUUCGAAGAACGAGGUAAACGUAAUGAUAAAAAACGUUGUCGACGUCAUUUUUGGAGGAUUAGCCUAUUGGAUGCUUGGGUAUGGUUUCACAUUUGGUCAGAAGUUAGCCAAUCCUUUCAUUGGCGUUGGUGAUUACUUUUUUGACCCGGAACGAGAAGAUGAGCUGUCCAUAGAGGAGCGUGGGACAUCAUAUGCGCUUUUUUUGUUUCAAAUGAGUUUUGCUACUACAACGUCGACCAUCGUAUCAGCCGGAAUGGCUGAACGAAUACAUCUUCGUUCGCAUUGCUUCGUGUCGUUCUUCAUCACUCUUGUGCAUUCAGUGGCUGGCCACUGGGUUUGGCAUCGAAGCGGAGUCUUCAGGGCGAUGGGUGUUGUCGAUUCAGCCGGUUGUAGUGCGGUCCAUCUGGUUGGUGGAGUGUCCGGCUUAGUGGCGACGUUGUAUUUGAAGCCGCGACAACACCGGUUCUACGAUCGUCACGCUCAACAGAUCAGCGAUCCCACGAAGGCCAUAAAUCAUGGUUCUGUUUCAGGAUUUUUGAUGAUUUGGUGGGGUUGGUUAGCAUUUAACACUGCUUCCAAUUACGCUGUAUCUCAGAAGCAAUGGACUGAAGGGUCACGAUCAGCUGUAGGUACAAUCAUGGCUUCCGCCGGAGGAGGGAUGGUUACUGUCCUAAUUUCACGAUGGACGACGAAAAAAAUUCAAGUGGACAUGCUCAUCGAUGGUUUGCUUGCGUCGCUGGUUUCGAGCACAGCUGGCUGCCUUUUCUUCACUCCUUGGCAAGCUACGGUAGUUGGAGGCAUUGGGUCGGCAUUGGCUCUCUUCGUAUAUCCAUUGUUGGAGAGAGCGAAGAUUGACGAUCCUGUCGGAGUGGUGCCGGUGCAUGUUGUCGGAUCUGUGUGGGGUAUGAUCAGUCCGGCGAUUUUUAUCUGUCGCGAAUUGAGUGCCAACGCAGACAAGAUCCUACAACAUUCUCCGAUCGGUCUUCGCCUUUCUCGUCUUGAUGAAGAGCUCGGUGCUGAUCUUAGAGAACACGGUCUAAGCGGUGUCAAUCUGAUGACGUACACUAUCGAAAAAAAACUCACUGCCCGUAACGUAGGCUUUCAGAGAAGGAAAAAGUAUCGGAGGGAAACUGAUAGAAAUUAA